CCCCGCAGCAGCAGCGCCGAUCGAAACCCUCCGCAGAACCCGACCUCGCCAAACCUCUCUCGCUGCCGCAGGCCGGCGGCGAGUCAGUCACGCACGCGCACGACCGAUGGCGGAGAUCCUCCUCUACGUGCAGGCGGCGCUGACCGACGAGGCCGCUUGCGCGGACGCGCACGCGGCGGCGCUGGCCACGCUCUGCGACACGCUCGCGCUCACCGACCCGGACGUGCUCCUCGGCAUCGUCGACGUCGCCUACUUCGCGGCCCGCCUCCCCGGCUUCCUCGCCGCCGCCGCCCCCGGCGCCGUCGACCAGGGCGACCUGCCCGUCUUCGCCGCGCGGGCCAUCGCCGAGGCCGUCGACAUCCUGCCGCAGUGGGCCCCCACCUUCGCCCAGCACGGCGCCGUCGAGGCGCUCCGCGACCGCCUCCUCGCCGCCGACAACAUCGAGCUCGCCGAGGAGUGCCUCCGAGCUCUGGACAAGAUAUCCGAGGAAUGCCCGGACCAGUGCCUCCGCCUCGCCGUCGCCGCCGCCGCGCUGCACUUGUUCGACUUCUUAUCAGCCAGCAAACAGAAAGUGGCGCUCAAGAUCGUCGCCGAGCUCGUCCAGGAAUGCGACGACGCGGACGUGCCCAAGGCCAUGGAGGCCGCGCCGGCGCUCUGCAACCUCCUGCAGUCCGCCGACAACUCGAUACUGGAGUCGGCGCUCUCUUGCCUGGGAAUGCUCGCUGCCGAUGCUCGCGGCAAGGCCGAGCACAUGGACAGGCUCUGCGAGUCCAAGGUGAUCGACACGGCCAUGGGGCUGCUGGACAAGGACGGCUGGAAGACCCUCGGCGACGACACUUUACCUGGCAUCCUUGGGCUGCUCAAACACAUUGCCUCCGCCUCAGAGAAGGCUGUGAACUCCCUUUUCGACCUUGGUGUCUGCGAUUUGCUCAAGCAGAUGAUUACUUACUACAGUCGCUCGCACAGUGGCAGCGAUAAGUUGGAGAUGCUUGUGGAAUUCAUCUACCAGCUUAUGCGGCCUCUUGGAGCAUCUGGGCAGGAGAAUGCCACCACAGAGCAAAAUGCACACAUUGACCAGCUUGCUAGCAUUGUGACCCUUAUAACACAGGUUGCGAAAUGUGGUGCGCUAUCAUCGGUUUGCUACAGGUGCAUUGUUGUCAUCGGCAACAUUGUUGAGUUAAGCACACCUACUUUCCUGGUGGAGUUGCAGAAGACUGCAAAUCUCUCAAGCUUUCUUACUUGUCUGUUGGCCCGGAAGAACCGCCAUAUCGUGUUCCAAACGCUCGAAGUUUCAAAGACCCUCCUGAAAAAGCACCAUCAGUUUUUCUUCGAGAGUUUUACCAAGGAGGGUGUAAAGCAUGCAAUUGAGACCAUACAAGCACAAGAAAAAAAUAGAAACUCCAGUCAGAAGUUGAAAAAGAAAAACAAUACGCAAGAAUGGUGUUUGUGCUUUGAAUUGGACUUGGAUUCUUCCUCGACAGAUGGAUGCAAGAUUGAGAACAAUGCUAUCUUGAAUCUAGCAGAAGAGAUCAAGAAAAGCUUUGUUGUGGUGAAAGCAAAUAACAAAUCUCCACAUAGGUUUGGAUGUGUUCUUAAAUUUGUUAAAGAUUUUUUUGCUAGGCUGAAUCGGCAUGCCUUGACAGUCCCCACCCAGGAUCUGGAUCUCUGCAAAGAGUUGUCUGAUAUUUCGAGGAAAUUUUUAUCAGAUGAACUUCCAAGUACCUCUACUUUUACGUUUGCAAAGAGCGGAUCAACCAAGUAUUUAGUAGAUUAUCUCUCCAAUGGGGCAUAUUUGAAGUCAAACCUCAAUAAUUGCCAGGACUUAGCAGAGCAGCUUAAGGAAGUGCAACAUCGAUUGCAGAAGUUCACCCAUUUGGCUCUUAAGGUGUCCAAUGGAAGCUCCGUGAAGCCCCUUGAGAUUUUGGUGGAUAAGCUGCUAGAUGCUCUGCACAUGUCUUACGACAGUUUUCCUGUAAUACUAUCUGAUCAUGGACAGCGUACCCGUGAGAGCACGAUGAUUCCUCUGAGGCAUUCAACAACCCAGGAAUCAGAAUUACUGGAUAUAAAAUUUGUAAAGGCGCGCAGGGAGAAGGAAUUGCGCAGUUAUGGUGGUGUUCUCCCAGUUAGUCUUUCUUCAAAGCCAGGUGACAUUGAAGCAGUCCUUUGGCCUGAGGUUUCCAAAGGGAAUGCGCAGGGAUCCUCAAGAUUGAUGUUCUCUUACAAAGGCACAAAACUCCAGCCAUCUGCAACAAUUUUUGAGUCACUUGUGCGUUUAAUGAAUGCAGGACAAUCUGAUAUUAUGAUUGACUCGUCUUUUUGGGAUGAAGAGCACAGAAUAUCAUAUAACAGAAACAAAUGUGAGAACGUCUCUUCUCCGAGUUCCUGUAAUACUCAGCUAUUCGCCAUGCAGGAAAAACUUGAACAGUCAUUGGUAAAGGACCCAUUUUUCUGUACUCUAUUCCUUGGGAAGCUUCCUGGUGAUGUGGAUGAAUCUGAUCCAUCCUACAACUUGUUAUUAACGCUGAAAGUUCUUGAAGGGCUUAAUCGUUUUUCAUAUCAGCUGUCAAUGGAUCAGCAGAUAUGCAAAUUUGCUGAAGGCCACCUCCGGAGUUUGGAUGACCUUAAGGUGACAAUCUCUCCGAUUCCACAGCAUCAGUUCAUGAGUAGCCUUCUGACGAAUAAGCUGGAGAUGCAAAUGCAAGAGGGCUUGUUUGAGGAUGGGCUGGUACCCUCGUGGUGUGUCUAUCUGGUGGAAACUUGCCCCUUCUUAUUGUCCUUCAGUGCACGGUGGAAGUACUUUUGCCUGACAGUGCAUCGCUCAUUCAUGGGAGAUGAGGCAAGUGCUCCGGAUGGUUCAAGUACUCCAGAUGAGGCAAGUGCUUCACCAGACGAGGAAGAGGAAAGUGAUGCUCCAAAUGAGGCAAGUAAAAAGAUGAAGAAGCACAAAGUAACACGAGAUAACAUACUUGAAAGUGCUGCCUCUAUGAUGAUCAAACAUGGGUCAAGCACCAAAACCAUUGAGGUGGUAUUUCAAGGAGAGGUUGGGACUGGGCGAGGCCCAACCUUUGAAUUUUACAGUACUGUUAGUCAUGAACUUCAGAGGCUCGGGAUUGGGAUGUGGAGAGGCGAUAAUGCUAGAAAAGCAGGAGAAAAUGGAUUCGUUCGUUCUGGCUUUGGGCUGUUUCCACAGCCAUGGUCCUCAGUAGGCACUUCAACACGGGGGAUCGAAUUGUCUGACGUAGUAAAAAAGUUCAAGCUUCUUGGACAUGUUGUAGCCAGAGCCCUUCUUGAUGGAAGGAUCCUGGACAUCCCGCUCUCAAAAGCAUUCUACAAGAUCAUGCUUGGCCAGGAGCUAGAUAUCUACGACAUUCCAUCAUUUGAUCCUGAGCUGGGCAAAACGGUAAUGGAGUUUCAAGCACUAGUUAAAAGGAAGAAGUUCUUGGAGAAAUCUUCAGAGAAGACAUCCAAUCCCAGCGCAGAUUUGUCAUAUAAAAAUGUGAGACUGGAAGAUUUGUGCCUGGACUUUACUCUUCCUGGAAAUUCUGAAUAUGAGCUUGUUCCUGGAGGCUCAGACAAGAUGGUGACCCUAGACAAUCUGGAGGAGUAUGUAAAUUUGAUAGUUGAUGCGACCUUGAAGGGUGGGAUUGCGAAACAGGUCGAGGCUUUCAAGUCUGCAGUCAACGAGGUCUUUGCUCUGAAGACCCUUAGAUUGUUCGACGAGGAAGAGAUGGAGCGCAUACUUUGUGGUGAACAAGAUUCUUGGGCUUCAAGCAAACUUGAAGAUCACAUCGAAUUCGAGCAUGGCUACGAUGCUAGCAGUCCACCAAUAAAAAGUUUCCUGGAGAUCUUGCGGGAGUUUGAAAGAGAGGACCAGCGGGCAUUCCUCCAAUUCACCACUGGUGCUCCUCAGCUCCCACUUGGUGGCCUAGCUUCGCUCGAUCCAAAGCUCACCGUCGUGCGAAAGCAAUGUGAUGGCAACGUCGACAACGAGUUGCCAAGCGUCAACACUUGCCGGCACUUCAUCAAGCUUCCUCCUUACUCCUCGAAGGAGAUCAUGAAAGCAAAACUCAAAUACGCUCUGGCCGAGGGUUUAGGCUCCUUCCACUUGUCAUGACAAGGGUCAGAAGGGGUAGGAGCAAUGUACAUACUAGAUAGGGUAGAGCAUUGUUUUCUCUUCUUCUGAUCUGUUGAUGUUUCUGGCUGGGGAUCGGUCGCGCUGAAUGUGCAACUCCAAUUUUCUCCCCUCCAGUUAGAUCAAUGUUGUACAGCCCACUUUGAUUCUUUCGAGUCAAUGUAUGUAACGUGAUAUCUUGACACCUCCAAGUUGAGAAUGUAUUGAU